AUGGCAAUCAUAACUUUCCAAAUUGCAAUCGCGGAUCAAGCCUACGAGCAGGAUCACCGGAAGGUUUUCAGAUGCCGUCGAUUAGAUGACGAAUCGUUGGACGAGCGGAUAGCAGUUUGCGGCGGAGUCUCCAAAACAGACCCAAAUAAAUAUGAGAUGACCAGAGCCAACUCAGUAGUAGAUGACCAAAGAGCUCACAACUGCAUUGGAGCCCCCUUACAAGAAAUGCGAUCUUGCCGAAAAAGCGCAUUCAAACUUCCACAAAACGUGAGCACUAUUUCAUCUGAACGCUUCUUUCAACUCUCCGAGUCCAAGUUACUAAUUAUUUCAUGA